CCAGGAUCACCAACCUCACUCCAAAUCGGCUUGUCAUCUCGCUGGUCGCAACCCAUCGCCAACCAUCAAAUGCGCAUCGGUGGGCAUUCGAGACGGAUAAGAAAUACGAAAUAAACAACCCUACGGAUUUUUUAUCCACGCGACCGACUCGAACCCGCAGCCUGGAACCACCCAGUUUAACGCCUUGAUACCGCGACGGAAGCGCCUACGAGUCCAGUGAUACCCGCCUCACAUCGCCAAUGUGCGCGUUACAGGCGUAUUUCAUCUAGCAUUCGACUGGUAGACUAGUGUAAAGAGGACAAACAGUCGUCUUUGACUGCCAGUCGCGGCCAUUGUGCUUGCCCGACCUCUCACCAUGUCACCCGCUACUGCGGUCGCAUCCGCAUCCGUGGCCACCAAGAUCAAACGACCGGCUCCUCCUGGAAUCCAGACAAACGGCAUAAUCUCCUCCACAUCAUCCCCAUCACCCUCCCUGGCGAAUAAGAAAACGCCAAAUAGCGCCAAACAGCCAACAUCUACUCCCUCAGGAGAUCGAUCGGCGUCAACCUCGGCCCCUCGACCCACUAUCAAAAUCCGUCGCGAUACAAGCGGCCAGAACAAUGCGCGAAACUCUAGGAAUAGCGCAGGCCUGCGCACGACUGACCUCGAUUCGGACGGGUUGAAGAUGGCCGGACAGAUGCCAUAUGUUGUUACUGAUUCUUACAUCCUCAAAAAACACGCUGGACAACCGCCAUCUCUGGUAGUUCAUCUUCAUGCGUCUCAUUUCCGAUUCGACGGGCAAGACGGCAUGUUCCCGUAUAAGUCUCCCAUGAAACUCUUCUUGGAACACGUCCGAAGCCGAACCAUUCCCCACGACUUGCUCUACUACUUUGCUCAAGCCAAUGUCCCAUUCUAUGAUGGGUGCUUGAUUGUACAACUACACGAUCACAAAUCCGCCGCUCAGACAAAAGACACAGCGCGACGAACAUCCCCUAAUAAAACAGUCGCCUCCUCCAUUCACAACUACAACCCAUGGCUAACCCCCUCGCCGUACGUCCCGUUCCCAAAGGAUCAGCAACAUGGCGGAGAAGCAAAGCAAGAGCCUGAGAGCGAGGAUGGCGAAGAUGAGUCGGGGGCCAAGGAUGGCGAUGCCGCAUCUGCAACCAACGGCACGGCAACAAAGAGCAAAACAGCACCAAAAGCGAAGAUCUUUACAGUUGUGCUUCAUCCUACACCGGAAAGCCUACAGCUUGAUCUGGUGCUUAAGAUAUCCAGCUCCAAAGGCUUGACUGAAUCACCUGGCAACGUACCACCUUCUACACCAUUGUCGCUCGUACCACCAACCCCUACAACUGGAAACAUGCCGCCGCCGAAGCGACAAAAGAAGGAUAAAGUUGAGCUUGAUGGUAACGUGUUGUAUGCCGCUGAAGGCAAAAUUCUGAUGGCAACCAACGCACCGUUGAUAUUGGAGCCUACUAGAAGCGCAGAGGAAACAGCUGUGCUGCUUGAGGCCCUGUCACACCCCAACCACUCUGAUCCUCCUCCCAAACCCAACUCUCGCAAGAGGACCGUCGCUGAAGUCGCCGCCGAUGAAGCUGCAGCGGCAGAACAGGAACGCUACAUGCUGGCUUUGGAUGAGAGACUGUCUUCUAACACCAACAGUGCACAAGGCACAGCUGGAGCUGACGGAGAUGCGCAAACAGGCGGGGCUGCGUUCGAACCUAGAUUUGAGAGAUUCAAGGUCAUUGAAGAUAUUCGUGACCAGCAUAGAGAAAAGAAGAGACAGGAGAAGAUCAAACAGCAAGAGGCAGACAAACGUUUGCAGCUUCAGCGCCAGCAGCAGCAAGAAGCCCAGAAGCAACAAGAGUUGGAAAAGGCUCGACGCGAAGCUGCUGCCCGCGAAGCGCAACUACGCCAACAACAGCAGCAGCAACAGCAGCAGGAGGCACAUAGGCAGGCUCUGGCUGCCAGACAAGCUGCCGCUGCCGCCGCGCAAGCCAACAAUGCUGCAGGCCAAAAUAAUGUCGCAAACAUGGCUCAAGGCCACGCUCAUCCCGGACAGGCUGGUGUUAUGCAAAAUGUUGGAGCUGUGGGAACGCCCAAUGCCAUGGCAAACAACAUGGCUGGCGCUGCCCAACAGCGCUUCCCGUCCCAGAUGCAGCCUGGACAGGCAUCGUCUCCGAUUGUACGCCAAGGAACGCCACAGAAUAUGUCGUCACCCAUGGUUGGCAGCGCGCCUAUGCAGCAAACCAAUUCUGGCAUGGCUGGCAGCCCUCCACGACCUCCAUCUGCUGCCCAGAACCCCAUGUCUGCGCCAAUGACACACAGUAUGUCUGUUAGAGGCAGCCAACAGAGUCAUGCUGCAGGCACUCCUCGUAUGCCAAACGCGACCCCUAACAUGGCGCACGCUACACCGAUCAACAGAAGUCAAAUGGCGGCCACCCCUCGCAUGUCCCAGGCUAGUCCUCCUCCGAAUAUGAUGGCCCAGAACUCGCAGAUGGGUCAGAACAUGAUGAUGCACAACCAAGGCAUGAGCCCGCAAAAUGCACAAGCCCUUGCUGCUCAAUUGGCCGCACAGCAACGUCAACUCGCGCAGCAACAGCAGAUGGUCGCUAUGCAGAAUGGAGGUGCCGGUGGUGUUCCUAACAUGAGCAACAUGAACCCGCAGCAGCAGCAGCAGAUGUUGCAGGCAAUGCAGAGACAGUUCCUGAUGCAACAGCAGCAGCAAGCCCAGCAAGCUCAACAGCAACAAGCUGGUAUGAUGGCGCCACAGCAGCAACAGCAGCAACAGCAGUGGGCUCAAUAUGCGCAACAGCUGCAAAACAUGGGUGCUAACCAGCUGCGCCAAAUGACGCCCCAGAUGCAAGCGCAGUUGCAGCAGCAAAUGGCGCGUAUGGGCCAACUUCCUAAUGGAGCUGGCGUACCCGGUGUUAUGCAACGGCCUAUGGGUGCGCAAAUGAUGAAUGGUGCUAAUGCCAACAUGCAAAAUUUGGCGAUGCAGAUGCAACAGCAACAGCAGCAACAACAGCAGCAGCAAGGACAGCAGCAGUUUGUUCAGCAACAACAGCAAGGUCAGCCCAUGCAGCAGAUGCAGCAGCAGCAACAGCAGCAGCAACAACAACAACAACGCCCGCAAACCAUGGCUGCGAACCAGUUGCAAAUACAGCUCAAUAACCAUGCACGCUCUAUUUAUCAACGGCUUCUGCAGAGUGCUGCUCUUAGCUGCGGCGGCCCUGAAAACAUCCCGCAGGAGACUAUUGAUAAGUUGAAAGCUACCUCGAUGAGUCAGGCCCAACAAGCUCUGCAGAAUACCAUCAACCAGCGGCGAGCUCAACAGCAGCAGAUGAUGAUGCAGCAGCAGCAGCAAGCCAUGCAGGGCAUGGGUGGAAUGAUGGGUCAGCAGGGCAUGUAGAGUGCUGCGAUAGCUACCGCGCGCUUUGGUCAAGACAACAUCGACUGAUGGCGAAAAUUAUGGUUUUAUAAAGCGACAUUUACCCUCCUCACUCUUGGUCUCGCGCCACAGAGUCUAGAGGGCAAAACGGAUUUGGAGUUUGAACGGUUCACGUUUGUAUAUGGCACCGCUUUUUGGGAGUACUUUGGUUUCUUUUUCUUCCUUUUUUUCAUUUGUUUUCUCACUGUUUUAAUACCCAUUGCUUAAAGCCGGAGCACGAUGGUACAUGUACGUUUAUGGAAAUGGUUGAUGGUGGUGCAUUGCCUUUUACUUUUUACAUCUUGAUUUCUUCGUUAUUGGAUGAGAUGGGCUGCGUUGCGAUUUUGUCGUCCAUUCCCAUCCACCUUUUGCUUCGUUUGGUAUAUGGAAAUUCUGGAGUUCAAUAGCGUGAGACUUGUAAAAAAAUACAAAUCGAUGCAUUUGUUAAAUAU